GUUAGUACACUGAAAUUCAAAGUCAUGCUCAUAACUGUUAAUGAAAGCAGAUUCAAAGCAACACCACCACCACUGAAGUAUUUUUAGUUAUAUACGAUUGGAACUACCAAGCAUGUGGCUCAUAGUCAGUGUAAUUCUAAUCUCAUGGAUAUCCUCUGUUGGGGAAGAAGCAAUGUUCUGUGAUUUUCCAAAAAUAAACCAUGGAAUUCUAUAAGAUGAAGAAAAAUAUAAUCCAUUUUCCCAGGUUCCUACAGGGGAAGUUUUCUAUUACUCCUGUGAAUAUAAUUUUGUGUCUCCUUCAAAAUCCUUUUGGACUCGCAUAACAUGCGCAGAAGAAGGAUGGUCACCAACACCAAAGUGUCUCAGACUGUGUUUCUUUCCUUUUGUGGAAAAUGGUCAUUCUGAUGAGAACAACAUUUCAUGUGUAGAACGGGGCUGGUCCACUCCUCCCAAAUGCAGGUCCACUGUUUCUGCAGAAAAAUGUGGGCCCCCUCCACCUAUUAACAAUGGAGACAUUACUUCAUUCCCGUUGUCAGUAUAUGCUCCAGGUGCAUCAGUUGAGUACCAAUGCCAGAACUUGUAUCAACUUGAGGGUAACAAUCAAAUAACAUGUAGAAAUGGACAAUGGUCAGAACCACCAAAAUGCUUAGAUCCAUGUGUAAUAUCACAAGAAAUUAUGGAAAAAUAUAACAUAAAAUUAAAGUGGACAAACCAACAAAAGCUUUAUUCAAGAACAGGUGACAUUGUUGAAUUUGUUUGUAAAUCUGGAUAUCAUCCAACAAAAUCUCAUUCAUUUCGAGCAAUGUGUCAGAAUGGGAAACUGGUAUAUCCCAGUUGUGAAGAAAAAUAGAAUCAAUGGCAUUACUAUUAGUAAAAUGCACACCUUUUUCUGAAUUUACUAUUAAAUUUGUUUUCAAUUUCAUUUUUCAAGUACUGUUUUACUCAUUUUUGUUCAUAAAUAAAGUUUUG